AUCCCAUUUCGCGCAACCGCCCGUUAUAUGCUUCUCCUCCCCAACUCCCCAUCACAAGACGAACACUCGAGGGGGGAACCAAGAAAGAUAAAAGAGAGUCCUGGUUCUAGCCUUCGAAGCCCCGAGCUGAAACCCUAAAGGAGAGCGAGCUAGCCCCCUCCGAUGGCGAGAGACGUGGAGGCCGGCGAGGCCUCCCGGCGGGCGCCGGCACAGCCGCCGGACGUCCCUUCCGUCCGGAUCCGGUCGCGGCCGGACCCCUUGCUGAUCGUCUGCCGGUGCUUCAGCUUCCUCACUGCCGUCAUCGCCGUCCUCUGCGUCGUCGUCAACGUCCUCUCCGCCGUCCAGUCGUUCAAGAACGGAUCCGAUAUUUUUGGUGGGAUAUUCCGCUGCUACGCGGUCCUAAUCGCCCUCUUUGUAGCCGUUGCCGAGACCGAGUGGAGUUUUAUAAUGAAAUUCUGGCGGAUAUUUGAGUACUGGGCUGGAAGGGGUAUGCUGCAGAUCUUUGUUGCCGUGAUGACGAGAGCUUUCCCAGAUGUCAGCGGGCGGCGGAAAGAUCUGAUUUUGCUUCAGGAGAUUGCAAGUUACCUUCUUAUGGCAUGUGGUUUGACAUACGUGAUCUCGGGUGUACUAUGCAUUGGUUUCCUGAAGCGUGCACACCAGAAGAAGGAAAUAACACAAGAGCAAGCUGUUAGAGAUCUAGAGGAAUUGGAACGGCGUAGGGAAGAGCUUGAGGCAUUGUUAGUUGUGGACAGGGCCUGAGACUGCAAGUAAUUUUUGUUAGAUUUAACUUUGUGCAGAAUCUGAACAAUGAACGUGGUCCACCGAUUCCAAGUUAACAUACCUAUUGUGUUGGUUGAUUGAUGAUCAUAUUCAGGAAUUGAUAUCACUUGAACUCUGCUUCAUUGGGAUGUAGGGAAAAAUACAUUGCAAAUGGGAGAAACAGGUAACUAUGCGGAGAAGAAGUGGAAACAAAAGGAAAUUGCUGGAUCCAGUCAAAAAUUUAGCACCAGUAGUUUGCUUCUUCUGCAACAUGUUUCCCGUGUAGUUUCCUUCUUUGUCUAUUCUAGUUGGUUUCUAUUUUUAAUUGGAGCUGAAUAGAAUUGCAUCCCGCGCAUGAUAUCCUGUAAUCAAAUGGACUUUUCUAGAUGAAAGACGCAUUGAUCGUGUUUUAAAUUUUCAUACUAGUAAGAUCUCUUUGUAUGGGUUGAUGUCCUAAUUGAGUUAGGUGGUGAAGUGAUCGGUGCCUCUUAGUUUUUUCCCUUUUACUGUGAUUGGCAGAUAUAAAACUUUUGCUAUUAUCCUGAACUAGUUGGAAUCGCUUUAAGAAGGUUGUGUGAAAAGGUUACUUCUAAAAUUUCUAUUGGUCCGAUCCAGUAUGACCCAGAAAGUUCCAAAAUCAUCUGACUUUUAGAGGACUAGUAGCAUGCACCAUGUUUUUCUACUGGAAAUGGUUGUACUCUUUUAAGAUUUGUUGAUGUGCCACAUUUUUCUUGUGAAAUGAUAUUAUUACUGCUAACUUGUAACAUUAGGCUGCCCAAAGUUGCUUCAUUUCUAUUUCUUUGAUAUCAAUAAUGUUGUUAUGUUUUGGUUUGCCUCUGUGCAAGUAGUUCUUUUUCUGAUAAUAUGUGUUCACUGGUUGUUCCAUUUACAGAUAUUUUUCUGGAUCGUCAGUGAUACCAUGAUUUGAUGCUGUGCAGCUGCAGAUGUUUUUGUGUGCUAAGAGUGGUGCCAUGGAUUUUCAUGAGCUGAUCGUGUUCCAUUUAGUAGUUGUCUUUUAAUUCUUUUGUGGAGAACUCAGUUAAUUACGUCACUAAGGAGUUGUACCCUUGAAGUGGGAGCCUAUAGCUAAUGAAAUGUUGUUUCCUUCCUGACCCAUUUUAUUGUAUCUAUUGAUUCGUUCUUUGAUUUACCUGCGUUGGCUUAUGUGAUAAUUCA